AUGGAUAAGAGGUCAGGCGGCCGCCGGUCGGGGAGGCGGAGGAGGUCGCGGAGAUCCACCGACUCCCCCGGCGCAGACCCGGCGCUGCCCGACUGCACGGCGAGGGACGACGCGGUGUUCGACGACGAGGUGGCGCCAAACGCGGCCGCCGAGAACGUCUCCGCGGAAAAGAAAGUGAAAUCUCCGCGGGCGGCCCCCGACGGGGGCGUUGCCGCGGCUGCGAGCCCGGAGUCCAAGCCCAGCCCCGGCUCCAAAGGGCAGCUCCGAGGGGAGUCGGAGCGGAGCAACCAGCCGCCGCCGGCCUCGUCCCCGACCAAGAGGAGGGGCAGGAGCCGCGUCCCGGAGCCCGGGCCCACCCCGCCCGCCAGCAGCCCGCGGGCUCCCGCCAAGGAGUCUCCACCCAAGAGGGCGCCCGAGCCCGGCCCGGCCGCCAAGGGCGCCCCCGGGGAGAGUGGGGAGGAGGCGGCCCGGGUCAUCCCUCGCGAGCUCACGGUCAAGAGCAGCUCGCUGCUGCCGGAGAUCAAGCCCGAGCACAAGAGGGGCCUGCUCCCCAACCACUUCGACGGCCGGGGAGAAGGAAGUCGAAGCAGAGAGCUGAGCAGAUUGGCCGGAGGUUCUGACGCCGACGGUUUGAAGCCCAGGAACCAUUUCGGUGCGGGCCGGUCGACGGUGACCACUAAAGUGACCCUCCCUGCCAAGCCCAAACAUGUGGAACUAAAUCUUAAAACUGCUAAGAAUUUUGACAGUUUGGGAAAUGAGCAUAAUCCAUUUAGCCAGCCAGUUCAUAAAGGAAACACUGCCACUAAAAUCUCCUUAUUUGAAAACAAACGGGCCAACAGUAGCCCAAGACACAUUGACAUUCGAGGCACAAGGAACACUCCUGCCUCUAAUAAAACAUUUGUUGGGAGGGCAAAGCUGAAUUUAGCCAAAAAAUCCAAGGAAAUGGAGCAACUUGAAAAGAAAGUAGUGCCAAACAGUCACCAGAAUGGUGAGCUGGUGAAGGAAACCUCUGCAGAAACCAAAGUUACUCUCCCUGAAGAGGAGAUUCUACCAUCGACGGAGAGUCCCGGUGUAAAAGGAAUGGAAGGCGAGCCUACCGAGGGUCUACCUCUUGCUUCUCAGCUUAACCAAAGUGACAAAGCAGAUGUGCAAACAGAUGCUGGCUGCCCUUCCGAACCAGUGGUUACUGCUCUGAUUCCUGAUAAGGACCAUAAGCUCUUAGGAGAGGAUGAGGCAAAGGCUGCUGACAGCAAAAGACUUGCACUUGAAAAUAUGACUGAUACACCACAAGACAUCCCCGCCAUUCUUGAUACAAAAGAUUCACCUCCAACAGCCACAUCAAAGCUACAGGAUACAUUUUCUGACUCCCAGCCCCCAGCCGAGUCCUCUAAUGGGCCUUCUCUUCCACUGCCUGCACCCAUUCCUGUGGAUGUUCCCGAAGAUGCCUGUGCUCAGGCUCCCAUAAGCAAUUUUCCAUGCACUGAUCUAAAAGUGUCAGAAAACCAUAAUGGAAGUAUUUUGCCUGUGUCUCAUCAGAACAAUGAGGAAAUGCCCUGCUCCAAAGUUGCAGAGGAAGGAGAAGGAGGAGAAGCAAGCCCUUCUUUGUCUACAGAGCACAGCCCAGAAGCUGUGGGAAAUGAGUGUCCAUCCAAGGUCCUUGUCCAGGUCAGGUCCUUCGUGCUCCCCAUGGAGAGCACCCAGGAUGUCAGCUCCCAGCUCAUCUCAGAUGGCUCUGAAGUUAAAGAAGUGCAGUUGCCAAGUUGUCACAAUAAUGAACUUGAAGUGGUUUCCGUUGCAAGCUCUGCUCCCCAGAAAAAGGAAGAACUGGGCAAUGAGAGCACGUCCCCCACAGACAUGCACUGCAAAGAGGAACAUGUAGCAAAAUCUGGCCCACAAGUCAUGCCACCAGAAGCAGAGAAAACUCUACCUAUCCAGGCUGAAAGUCGGGGCGACAGAAAACCCCCGAAGGCUGAAUCCAGCCCCACCAACUCCGCUGGCAGCAGAAAUCAUUUAGAAACCCCUCAAAGACCAGAUCAAAAUGUUGUGAAUGGUCAGGACAGCCCUGCCAGUCUUUUGAACAUUUCUGCUGGUAGUGAUGAUAGUGUGUUUGACUCUUCUUCUGAUAUGGAGAAAUUCACUGAAAUCAUAAAAAAGAUGGAUAGCGCAGUUUGUAUGCCCCAGAAGAAAAAGAAGCCCAGGGUGCCAAACUCUCCUGCCCCUCACUUUGCCAUGCCUCCUAUUCAUGAGGACAAUUUAGAAAAGGUGUUUGAUCCCAACGUGUUUACCUUUGGUUUGGGGAAGAAAAAGGAAAGCCAGCAGGAAAUGUCGCCGGCUUUACAGCUGAUGCAGAAACUUGACCCAAAAUCCAAACUGAGGCCCAAACGUUUGUCCACUGAACAGAGUGUCCUCAUCAAGUCCUUGCACACCCCCACGAAUGGGAAAGAUGAACCUCUGGUGGCUCCAGAAAUAAAUGACAAAGAGAACAGGGAUGUCACAAACGGUGGGGUUAAGAGAUCUAGGCUUGAAAAAAGUGCCCUUUUCUCAAGCAUGUUAUCUUCUUUACCACAAGACAAAAUCUUUUCUCCCUCUGUGACAUCAGUCAAUACCAUGACCACAUCUUUCAGCACUUCUCAAAGCAGUUCUCUUUCUCGGUCUUCCGUGUUACAGCCCAUGGCCGAGGGUGCCCCACCCUGCGAUUCAGAAAAAGAUCAGCCAAACCUUCCACCCAGCAACUUAAAGGUCUUCAAUUUCAACUCCUCAAAUACAUCUCAUUCGGGUUUGAAAAGUCCAAGCUACAUGGAAAAAUACCUGCAAAAAGAGGAAACCAAAAAAGAUCUGGAUUCACGAAGUAACCUUCCCUUGCCAGAAACUAAAUUUUCUGAAUUUUCAAAACUGAAGAACAAUGAUGAUACGGAAAAGGCUAAUCAUAUUGAAAGUGUUCUUAAAUCUAACUUGCCGACCUAUGGAAACAGUGACACAGACUUCACGGGUCUUUUCAAAUCCAGCCGGUUUGACCCAAACAUUUCUUUUUCUGGAUUGUCAUUAUCAGAUACAACAACACUUAGAGGAAGUGUCCAAAAUAAAAUCAAUCCCCGGCCUGGAAAGCUGGUGAUAUAUAGUGAACCAGAGGUCUCUGAAGCGUGCAUUGAAGUUUUCAGUGACAUGCAGGAUUGCAGCUCUUGGAGCCUCUCUCCCGUCAUCCUCGUCAAAGUCGUCAGAGGAUGUUGGAUUUUGUAUGAGAAACCAAAUUUUGAAGGGCACUCCAUCCCUUUAGAAGAAGGAGAAUUGGAACUGUCUGGUCUCUGGGGUAUAGAGGAUGUUUUGGAAAGAAACGACGAGGCAGAGUCUGCUCAGCCCGUGGUGAUUGGUUCAGUGAGACUUGUGGUCCAGGAUUAUAGAGUUAGUCAAAUUGACUUAUUUACUGAACCAGAAGGGCUAGGACUCCUAAAUUCCUACUUUGAUGAUACUGAAGAAAUGCAGGGGUUUGGUGUAAUGCAGAAGACUUGUUCCAUUAAAGUACAUUGGGGCACAUGGCUGAUUUAUGAAGAACCUGGAUUUCAGGGUGUCCCUUUUAUCCUGGAACCUGGGGAAUACCCUGACUUAUCCUUCUGGGACACAGAAGCAGCGUACAUUGGAUCCAUGCGGCCUCUGAAAAUGGGUGGCCGUAAAGUUGAAUUCCCUACAGAUCCUAAGGUAGUUAUUUAUGAAAAGCCUUUCUUUGAAGGAAAAUGUAUGGAACUAGAAACAGAAAUGUGUAGUUUUAUCAUGGAAGGAGGAGAAACAGAAGAAAAGACUGGAGAUGAGCAUUCGCCACUGACCUCAGUGGGAUCUAUGAAAGUUCUAAGAGGCAUUUGGGUUGCUUAUGAGAAGCCUGGAUUUACAGGUCAUCAGUAUUUGCUUGAAGAAGGAGAAUACAAGGACUGGAAAGAUUGGGGAGGUUACAACGGAGAACUGCAGUCUUUACGACCUAUAUUAGGUGAUUUUUCAAAUGCUCACAUGAUAAUGUACAGUGAAAAAAACUUUGGAUCCAAAGGUUCCAGUAUUGAUGUAUUAGGAAUUGUUGCUGAUUUAAAGGAGACCGGUUAUGGAGCGAAGACACAGUCUAUUAACGUACUGAGUGGAGUAUGGAUAGCCUAUGAAAAUCCUGACUUCACAGGAGAACAGUAUAUACUAGAUAAAGGCUUUUAUACCAGUUUUGAGGACUGGGGAGGCAAAAAUUGCAAGAUCUCCUCUGUUCAACCCAUAUGUUUGGAUUCUUUCACUGGCCCAAGGAGACGAAAUCAGAUUCACUUGUUUUCGGAACCACAGUUUCAAGGUCACAGUCAAAGUUUUGAAGAGACAACAAGUCAAAUUGAUGAUUCAUUUUCUACCAAGUCUUGCAGAGUUUUAGGAGGCAGCUGGGUUGCAUAUGAUGGAGAAAACUUCUCUGGUAAUCAGUACGUGUUGGAAGAAGGCCACUAUCCUUGUCUCUCUGCAAUGGGAUGCCUGCCUGGAGCAACUUUCAAGUCUCUUCGUUUUAUAGAUGUUGAAUUUUCUGAACCAACAAUUAUUCUUUUCGAAAGAGAAGACUUCAAAGGGAAAAAGAUUGAACUUAAUGCAGAAACAGUUAAUCUCCGAUCCCUGGGAUUCAACCCGAAGAUCCGCUCUGUGCAGGUGAUCGGUGGCAUAUGGGUUACUUACGAAUACGGCAAUUACCGGGGGCGGCAGUUCCUCCUGUCACCAGCAGAAGUACCUAAUUGGUAUGAAUUCAGUGGCUGUCACCAAAUAGGUUCUCUACGACCUUUCCCUCAGAAACGAAUUUAUUUCAGACUUCGAAACAAAGCAACGGGGUUAUUCAUGUCAACCAAUGGAAACUUAGAGGAUCUGAAGCUCCUGAGAGUACAGGUUAUGGAGGAUGUUGGUGCCGAUGAUCAGAUUUGGAUUUAUCAAGAAGGAUGCAUCAGAUGCAGGAUAGCAGAGGACUGCUGCCUGACGAUUGUGGGGAGCCUAGUAACCUCUGGCUCUAAACUGGGCCUGGCCCUCGACCAGAAUGUCGACAGUCAGUUCUGGAGCAUCAAGUCAGAUGGCAGGAUUUACAGCAGGUUGAAGCCAAAUUUAGUUUUAGAUAUCAAAGGAGGUGCACAGUAUGACCAAAAUCACAUCAUUCUCAACACUGUCAGCAGAGAGAAGUUUACACAAGUGUGGGAAGCCAUGGUCCUAUAGCCCUGAAGGAAGAAUGCAGGUUUUCCAGCUACCUUACAAAAAACACAAGGACUGCUGAUGGCAGAGCCGAGAGGAACGUGGAUCUGCUCCUUCAGCAACUCUGAAUUCCCUCUAGAAUCACACUGCUGUGAUGGAGACCACUGUCUCAUCUUCUCCAAAGACUGUAAUAGUUUUAAACCAAUAAUUUGUCCUUCUCUCAUUUCCUGCCUUUCAUUUCCUUUCAGUAGCUGCUUAAACAAGUUGCCUCACUUGCAGCUUUUGGGUGUUUUUUAAAAAAUGUUCUAUCAAGACUUUAAGACUGUACAUUUUAAAUUAUUUCCAAAGAUAGUGACAGGAGAGAAGAGGAACAAAUUUGCCAACUUCGUGGACCUACAAUCCCUUCCCCUUUAAAGGGCAGGAUAAAAGUUUUGAGUUUGUAU